CGGGCGGAGCCUAGCAGUAAGGCCCGCGGGCAGGGCGGGACGCUCGCGGCGUCAUGGCGGAGGCGGCUCUGGGCGCCGUGCGGAGCAAGUUACGAGAAUUCCCGGCCGCGGCCCGCGAGCUCAGUGUGCCCACUGCUGUGCCCUACCUGGAUGAGCCCCCAACCCCACUCUGCUUCUACCGUGACUGGGUUUGCCCCAAUAGGCCCUGCAUCAUCCGCAACGCCCUGUGUCACUGGCCAGCCCUGCACAAGUGGUCCCUCCCCUACCUGAGGGCCACAGUGGGUUCCACAGAGGUGAGCGUGGCUGUGACCCCAGAUGGCUACGCGGACGCUGUGCGAGGGGACCGCUUUGUGAUGCCAGCUGAGCGUCGCCUGCCCCUCAGCCAGGUGCUGGAUGUGCUGGAAGGCCGGGCCUGGCACCCAGGAGUCCUCUACGUGCAGAAGCAGUGUUCUAACCUGCCCGCCGAGCUCCCCAAGCUGCUGCCCGACCUGGAGCCCCACGUGCCCUGGGCCUCCGAGGCCUUGGGAAAGAUGCCUGACGCUGUGAACUUCUGGCUUGGGGAGGCAGCUGCAGUGACCUCUUUGCACAAAGACCACUACGAGAACCUCUACUGCGUGCUGUCCGGGGAGAAGCACUUCUUGCUGCACCCGCCCAGCGAUCGGCCCUUCAUCCCCUAUGAGCUGUACACGCCGGCUACCUACCAGCUAACUGAAGAGGGCACCUUCAACGUGGUGGAUGAAGUGGCCAUGGAGAAGGUACCCUGGAUCCCACUGGACCCCUUGGCCCCAGACCUGGCCCGGUUCCCCAGUUACAGCCAGGCACAGGCUCUUCACUGCACCGUGCGGGCUGGUGAGAUGCUUUACCUGCCAGCUCUGUGGUUCCACCAUGUCCAGCAGUCCCACGGCUGUAUUGCUGUGAAUUUCUGGUAUGACAUGGAAUAUGACCUCAGGUACAGUUACUUCCAGCUGCUCGAUGGCCUCACCAGGGCAUCAGGCCUCAACUGAGGGCACGUGGCCCUACACUGUGCCAGAACGACUAGAGGGACUGAAGGGAUAAUGUGGGGGCGAGGAGUGGGUAGGCCAAGCCCCUCUUGGGCAGGGUCAGCAUCAGUGUCAAGACCUGGAGGUCGGGGCUGUGCCGGCUAUAGGCUCAGGGUCUACUGUGCUGAACUUGGGCUUGGAGGACUUCGGGGUGGGGUCAGGAGGCUGAGCGAGGGUCUCCAGGAAGUUGGCACACAGCUGAGGAGGUGCCAUUGAUGAUCCGGGUGAGUCAGUACUCAUUGGCUUCUCAGGCCCCGCCAGGGUGUAGACUCAGCUAAUGACGGUUGUGCCCCCAGGGCUGUUGCACGGAGAUGGCAUCUGGGAGCCCUGCGUGGCGGCUCCAAGGAAGUAUUCAAUAAAAGCUGCCCUGAUUCACACAUU